CGGGUGUGUACAGUAAGAAACACCAGUAAUCUUUCUUGUGCGGUUUUCCGAACCGGGUCUUCUUGGUUGCGCAAGUUCGUGCUUAUAAAGUUGACCGAGACUAGGGGACUUUACAAGGCGCACCAGACAAUGUCGGAACCGCAGCCCGGCAAACCGCAGAAACAUGCCCAGACUUAUCUCAGUCUCCCCGGCGAGGAACGGGUCCGGGUCCUGAUUUCGCAAUUCGCAUCAACGAUCGACCGCGCAGACGACCAGGAAUGGACAAAACCUCUCUUCCCCUAUCUCGUCCUUCAAUCCGUGAAGCCUGACGGGCCCCAUCCCUCAGUGACGUUCAAGUUCACCGUCCAGCCGCAGCACUGCAACCGUCUCAAUAAUCUACACGGCGGCUGCACCGCAAGCCUCUUCGACUUUUGCACCUCGACCGUCCUGGCCGCCGUUGCCCGCCCAGGCUACUGGUCCUACCUGGGCGUGAGCCGGUCCCUGAACACCACCUACCUCCGCCCGGCCCCGGUCGGCAGCGAGGUGCUGAUCGAGUGCGAGAUCGUCCAGAUCGGCCAGCGCCUGUGCAGCCUGCGCGGGACCAUGCGGCGCGCCGACGACGGCGCCCUGGUGGCGACCUGCGAGCACGGCAAGGUCAACACCGAUCCCGAGGUGCCCAAGGUCUGAUAUCAAGCCACUGCGGUGGUAGUAGCACCUCUAUGUUACCUCGGGGGGGAGGGGGAGUGCAUGCCCUGUACAUCCUUUAUACCUGUAACAAUGUCGGCUAGUCUCCCGGGGAGGUAUUC